GUACGGUCGAAGUAUUUUCCGGUACGGCUGGCGGCAACCAAUUCCUUCUCCCAAAGGCAUUUGCAACCAGCCCCAGUAUUUAGGCGGCGGCGGCUAAUGAUACGGAAGCGCCGGGGGCAUUAAACAGUAGAUCUCGGAAUCUCGUGAAUAAUCGCACAGAUAUAUUGCUAGAUCGUCGGUGUGCUGAGAAUUCUAAUGGGCACUCAUGAGGAAGAUCGAUUUCUUCUCGAAGGCGGCCUUCUCUAUCAGAAUGAGAGCAGCAGAAUCCACACAGGAGAUGGUUCGGUUGACAGGAAAGGGAACCCUGCAGUGAAGAGCAGUACUGGAAACUGGAGAGCUUGUCCCUUCAUUCUUGGUACGGAGUGUUGUGAACGAUUGGCUUACUAUGGAAUUGCUACAAAUCUUGUUAGCUACCUUACGAAAAAGAUGCAUGAAGGGAAUGUUAGUGCUGCAACAAGUGUCACAACUUGGCAAGGCACCUGUUACCUCACACCUCUUAUUGGUGCUGUCCUUGCGGAUGCUUAUUGGGGAAGAUAUUGGACGAUUGCUGUCUUCUCCACUAUUUAUUUCAUUGGAAUGUGCACAUUGGCUCUAUCUGCAUCUGUUCCCGCUUUAAAGCCAGUUGAAUGUUUGGGUUCUUUUUGUCCCAAUGCCACUCUUUCCCAAUACGCUGUGUUCUUUGUUGGCCUAUAUCUUAUUGCACUAGGGACUGGUGGGAUUAAACCAUGCGUGUCUUCAUUUGGUGCCGAUCAGUUUGAUGAUACUGAUUCAAGAGAGAGGGUCAAAAAGGGUUCCUUCUUCAAUUGGUUCUAUUUCUCCAUCAACAUAGGUGCUUUAGUUUCCAGUAGUUUGAUAGUGUGGAUACAAGACAAUGCAGGAUGGGGACUCGGAUUCGGUAUUCCUGCACUGUUCAUGGCACUUGCUAUUGCCAGUUUCUUUGCUGGAACUCCUCUAUACAGAUUUCAGAAACCCGGUGGGAGUCCUAUCACAAGAGUGUGCCAGGUCUUGGUUGCUUCAUUCCGCAAGUGGAAUGCAACAGUCCCUAUUGAUAGCAGCCUGUUGUAUGAAAGUCAAGACAAAGUUUCUGCAAUCGAAGGGAGUAGGAAGCUGUUGCACACUGAUGAGUUAAGAUGCCUUGACAAGGCAGCAGUGAUAUCGGACACUGAUCUGAAAACAGGGGAUUAUUCCAAUGCAUGGCGCCUCUGCACAGUAACGCAGGUAGAAGAAUUAAAAAUAUUGAUCCGCAUGUUCCCCAUAUGGGCAACUGGGAUAGUGUUCUCCGCAGUUUAUGCCCAAAUGUCAACACUGUUUGUAGAGCAAGGGAUGAUGAUGGACACUUCCAUUGGUUCCUUCAACAUCCCUGCUGCCUCUCUAUCCUCUUUUGAUGUCAUCAGCGUCAUCGUCUGGGUCCCACUCUACGAUGCCAUCCUCGUCCCCAUCGCAAGGAAGUUCACUCGGAAGGAAAGAGGGUUCUCUGAAAUCCAACGGAUGGGUAUCGGGCUCUUCAUCUCUGUCCUAUGCAUGUCAGCUGCUGCAUUGGUCGAGAUCAAACGGUUACAGGUUGCCCAACACUUCAGUCCGGACGACCAAGUGAUCCCCACACCGGUCAGCAUCUUCUGGCAGGUUCCUCAGUACUUCUUACUGGGUGCUGCCGAGGUCUUCACGUUCAUCGGGCAGCUGGAGUUCUUCUACGACCAAUCGCCCGAUGCCAUGCGAAGCUUGUGCAGCGCGCUGUCGCUCCUCACCAACGCGUUGGGCAAUUACUUGAGCUCAUUUAUUUUGACCGUGGUAACUUCUAUCACUACCCGAGGUGGUAAACCAGGAUGGAUUCCUGAUAACUUGAACGAUGGCCAUCUGGAUUACUUCUUCUGGCUAUUGGCUCUCCUAAGCUUCCUCAACAUGCUUGUCUACAUCUUCUGUGCCAACGCUUACAAAUCAAAGAAAGCUACUUAAGUGGGCCCAGCCGUUGACAUAUACUAUGAUGCACACUUGGCACGAUUCUGGUCGUUUCAUGCCACGUCACUCAUUACUGUACAGCCUGUCGCUCCGGGGAAUGGAUGAAUGAGUGAAGUAAAGGUUAGAAACUUUGGUGUACCAUUAAUUAGAAACUUACUUGAGUAUCUUUAUUAUGUACCAAGUACUUUCAUCAUUCAAAUUCAAUUUGUUUAUGGUAUGUUUGGGAACAUGGAUUUGGAUUUCAAAUCUGGAUUUGGCUCAAAUUCCAUGUUUGGGAAACUUAAAAAUUUUAAAUUUGGAUUUGAGUCAAAUUCUCCUCAUUCAUAACAAAGCUUAAUUUGAAAUUCAUGCACCACCCCUUGUCAUUUGAAAUUCAAGAUUUCAAAUUUUGGAAUUCAAAUGCAUGAAUUGAAAUGAAAUGCUAGUUGCCAAACACUACCUUAAUGAAAUGUGUGUUUUAAA